AUGGAGGUAGAAAUCUUAUCACCUGUCUGUUGUACUGGGAUUGACAGAGAGGAUAGAAAUAGUUUACAUGAUUAUACAGAUCAGCUGAUCAGUCAUUCAAUUGAUGAAGGCAUCUCUGCUUUGUCUGAUGAGCCAACAAAUAUACAAUUGGAAAAUAAUAUCAACUCAACAAAUCAUCCCGAUGAUAAUCAGAACGUUGUUCUAGAUGAAACUGUCGGUGAUUUAGAAAAGCUAGGCGAUGAUUUAAAAACACUAUCUCUUGAUCCAUUCUCUAUUGAUUUGGCCAGUUUACCAUAUCCACCUGGUUAUUCAAUCAUGAAACAAAAUGAUUCCAAUGAAAAUUAUGCUAAGCAUUGCAAAGCAUUACAAGAAAUUGAAGAUGAAAAUUCCAAAGAACCAAGAAUGACAAAAAAGUUUUUAAAACAACAUUGUGCAAAACAUAAACUGUAUCAAACACCACAAUUAAAUGACAUCUUAUAUCUUCAUUAUAACGGCUUUUCAAAAAUUGAAAAUCUUGAAGAAUAUACUGGUUUAAGAUGUUUAUUUUUAGAAGUGAAUGGAAUAUUGAAAAUUGAUGGUUUAUCUAGUCAAAUUGAAAUGCAUCAUAUGCAAUAUUUGGACACAUUGGAUAUAAGCCAUAAUUUGAUAAGUAGAAUUGAAAAUCUUGAUAUGCUUCCAAAUUUAACAAGACUGAUUAUUUCUCAUAAUAAAUUGUCUGAGGUAGAAGAUUUAAUACAUUUGGUUAGGUGUGAAAGUCUUUCAGUUUUGGAUAUACAACAUAAUCAUAUUAAGGAUCCAAAUAUUGUUGAAGAAGUAUUUGCCAAAAUGCCGAAUUUGAGAGUUUUAUACAAUCAAGGGAAUACAUUUAUUCGAGAUGUGAAUAAUUAUCGGAAAAAUAUUAUUAAUCAGUGUAAAAAUCUCACAUAUCUUGAUGAUCGUCCAGUGUUUCCAAAGGAUAGAGCAUGCGCUGAAGCAUUUUAUGCUGAAGGUAUUGAAAAAGAACGUGAAGUACGACAACAGUGGAUUGAAGCAGAACAACAAAAAAUUUUAGACAGUGUUAAAUGGUUAUCUGGAACACGUAAACGUAUAGAGGCCAGGUGUCGAGAAGCUGAAUUACGAAAGCAAGCUGAAGAGGCUGGAUUACCAACAGAUAAUAUACAUGUCUCUCCUGGUGAUAUUGAUUGGCUCUAUGGAGAUAGCAAUAGUACACGGAAUGGUGAUGGCCAUUCAGAUGAAGAAUCUCUAUACUUAGAUGAAACAGAUGGAGUGAAUAAUUUAGCUCCACCACCAAUUUCUACAGGUGAUACUGAAGUAUGCCCUACAGAAGGAUCUAUUAUAGCAGCGGAUGGUUUUGAAGAAAUGUGCACAGAAAUAAAGAAUUCAAAAGCAAGGAUGGAAGAAACAUCGGCUAGUCUUUUUGAUUCUGAUUGUCAGGCAGAUUCAACUAACAUUCACUUGCUAAACAAUGAAAACAAUAUUGAUAAAGAACAAAAUAUCUGCACCAUUGAAAAUGAAACUAUUACUGAUCAACUUUGUGGUGUAGAAAAGGUAAUUGAAUUGACACCGAAUAUUGAAGAAAUUUCACUCUUAAAAAGUGAUGAAAAUCAUAGUUCUGUUUUUAGUCAACUCGAUAAAAAUACUACUAAUCGAAGCAAUUCAAUAUCAAUACUAAAUAUUUCAGAUAACUGCGGUGAAAAAGAAGAUGAAUCUGAAGAAUCUGAUGAAGAUUCUAUGAGGUCUAUAGAAACAGAUAAUCAGCUAUUUAGACCAACAUGUAUGAAAUCUUCAAGGAAUCUUAUCAUGGAAAUUAAUACUCAUAGUCAGCUUGAUGAAAACAUGAUGUUAUUGAAAGAAACAUCUGCAUUUAUCGAAGAUAUACAAAAUGAGGCGUUGAAUUCAUGCGACAAAUCACUUACACAAACAAUAGAUGAUAGAGAAAGGCAUCUUGUUCAACGGAUGAAUAACAUUAACAAUCAACGUUUCAUUGAAAUAUGUAAUGAAGAUGAAGAAGAUGAAGACAGUAUUCAAAAAAUUGAAUCAGAAAGUAUCAAGAAUGUUCAAAACCAAAAUAUAUCAUCAGAAUUGUAUCCAAAAGUUAUGCAAACAACACCUGUUGUAGGUAGUCAUUCAAACAUAACAAAUUUAUUCACAACAACAAUGAAGUGUAAUCACUAA